AGAACAGUAAAGAAUCUUGCUAGAAAUGCAAAUAUGUAAAUUACAGAUUCAUGCUCAAAACCAGACCACGUCAAACAGCUGUAAAAAAAGUGUGACAGUGGCAGAGCUGGAAAAAGGCUGGGGAUUGUGUGUUACAGAAAAUGGCAUUUAAGAGUACUUGUGUCAGGAGCUGCUUGAACUGAAAUGGAUCAUUUUUCCUCAUUCUUUCUCAAAUGGGCAAAGCUGUUAAAAUAGCUCAAGCAGUGAUACCCCGGUCAAAUCUGUCAUACCUUUGCAGUCUAUAAGUUCUUUUGUUGUCCUUUUCCCCCCAUUGGUUAAGCAAGAUUGGUUUGGGAUAAAGUCCUGGAUCUGUGACAUGAUAUUAUUGCUGUAGCACAAUAGUAGGGCUUUAUGGGGUGACAUACUCAUGAUGCAGUGUCAGUUAAAUUCAUGAAAGGUAUUAUUUUGCACCUUGUACAGUCACUAAAAUGUUAAGUUCUUAAUAGGUAUGUACCAGAGAGCUUUUGGGCUUGUGUUUGCUCAGCGCAGUUAUGCUGACACCAACAGGAAUACUUGUCUGGGUGAAUAUUGUGUUUUUCUUUGUAAUAAAACUAAUUUUAAGAAGAUCAGUUACGUUUUCUAAAAUGGCAGGUAAAGGGUGAAGAAAGGCAGAGAAUCUCAUGACUUCUGCUGGCCUUCUCUUUUCUGAUAAAAUUUUGGCUGUUGGUUUAGCUAGAAUAUUGACUCUGUGAUAUACCUUCAUGAUCUGCUUAGAAACCAUCUCAACAAGAAAGAUCACUGACAGCUUCAGGUGCCAGUGAAAUAAGUUGGCUGUAGGCAAGUGUGGUUACAGACCUUGCUAUCUCCUCAAAUGAAUAAGGUAAACCUUGUAGAGUACUGUGCAGUGCAAAAUUGAAACACUGACUUUGUUUGCCUGUCUUACAGAUUGCCAGUUUAGUGUGUAUGAGAUCAGUGUGGUGCUCUCAUUGGUUUCUGUUGCACAAUGGCUAAGUAAAGGUCUUGUGUGGAGCUCUUGAUGAAAAAUACAUCAUCUGUCAAAGAUGCUGUACUGUCAAAGAAGACCUGGACAUUAUACAGUAGUGAUUCUCUUUUUAUUGAGAUAAGUACGAUAUUUUGAAUAUGGAGAAUGGUAUCUGAACCUCUCCUGACAGUGCCUGUUGUUUCUAAAACUUCGCUUCUUUCCCUAAAGUGUAAAUUCUAAUACUGCUUUUACCAGUCUUUGUUCUUCAGAAGUUUCUUCUACUGCUCAAAUAGACAUCAUCCAUUUCUUCUACUUCAACUGUUAAUUCCCUAGUUAUGCCCAAAGGGAACAUUUAAAAAGAAAACUUCUCUAUAACUGGCUGAUGUGCAGGAAUCAAAUCUCUUUCAAGCUGGGUGGUUUUUUUUUUUUUUGCUUGCAGACUAAAGAAUAUUUUCUAUAGGAAUGAAAUCUAGGCAGCUCAGCUUCUCUAGUGUUGACUCUGACAGCUAACAAACAACCCUGUGCUCUAACUGUGACUGGAAUUCAGUGGUUGGUCAUUAAUAAAUGAGCCAGCAGUGCUGCGUGCUGCCAUCUUAAUGAGACAGUAUGUUACCUGGUGUUCUUUAACUGUUCAUAAAGUAUUCCUUAAUCUGUUUUUCUCUUGUGGAUAAUAGCCAUUUUUUAAAAUGUCCUAAGAUGAAUACUAAUAUAUAUUAACACUUAAACUACAAGUGCUUCUCUUUAUUUCCCAGACUGAUGUAAGGACAGCUGUAAUUUGGACAUUUCCCACAUACCUUGUUUUUGGGAAACCCCCAGUCAUGUACCAAGCACUUAAGAUUUCAAACUAGCCAAAAAGUUCUUAAGAUUCCUGUUUGAUUUCCCUCUUUUGACAUUAUCAGGCAUGGCUCUUGGCUUCUGUGUGAUACAAAAUGCUGUCAGACCACAGUGAAAAGAUUCUUACUGCCUCAGGAAACAAGUGGCUGAAUGAAUCAAGCUUAAAAAGUUUGAUCUAUUGUAGGAGGACGUGCCUUUUUAAAACAUAUUCAAAAACAAUUUUAUAUAAUUUGAAGGUAAGUUUGUAUGUGGGUAGGGAAGAAUUGUUAUCAUAGUUUUUAUUGUAAAUGUUUCUAACUGGCUUUGAGCAGAGAAUGUGUUCACGGGAGUUACCUCGUAAUUGUUCAUUUUGACAAUGUGCCAGUGAAAGCAUUGGCCCAGGAUUCUUGCCCUGUUCUGGCUGCCUGCAGAGUCUCCCUGAAGGCACCUAGAUCCGCCCUCCUUACCAGUCUCCUCUCGGACAUAACCUGAAACAUUAGGCAGCCUGUUCAGAGUCAACUCUUCUCCACCUGAAGGAACCUAUUAAUACAGUGUCUUGGAGCGUCCAUUGUAAGUAAUGGUGAUGCUGAGUGGUUGGUGCAGGGCUGUGCCAGGGCAGCUCAGGGCUGACAGCUGCUGGUGAACAAGGGAGCUGCCUGGAGACCUCCCCAAACUGCUGGCAAGCUUUGCCAGAGAGAAAGCACGAGCUGACAGAAGACGAGCAGAUGAACUGACUGAAUAGGCCAGCAGAAUCCAGAAUUAUCCAUGAGACGUGUUCCCUGGGCUAGCUGGCACGUUGCAAUUCUGCGGGCAAGACAAGAACUGCAAGGAUAUUGCAGAGGAGCCAUGAGAACCCUCAAAACUGUACUCUGUACAGUGGCAUACCCUGAUGUUCUCCAGUGACAACCUCCAUUUGUAGCAGCGCUGAAACACACUGUAGCGAAUGGAUUCACUUAUGGGAGGUACAUAAACUUCUUGCACCUUUUCUAACGUGCAAAAAAGUGGCAUCCUACUUUGUGACUUCACUACUUUUGUUCUACUGGUCUCAACAAUGCUGCAGGACACACGCUGCAGUUUGGAUUCAUGUCCAAAGGCCCCAUGGUAGGGGUUCUUGCCCAUACCCACAGCUGGAUGCCUUGGCUCUGCCACAGCCUGAUGGGAUGCUGGAGCAGCACACACAGUGCUGCCAGGGAGCAAGUUCCUGAUGCUGGAGGAGUGAGACUGACAGCAGCUGAGUGAGUCCUACUUGUAAAAUGGACCUGGAAGGUGCCCAGUCCUGGCUGGAAAAAAACACAGUUGGACAGGGGAAGGAAGCUGAGUCCUUGGACUCGUUCAUCCCAUUUUUACUGCUAGAGAUGCUACCGGCAGCCUCCUUCACUGGGAGACCUGUCUGAAGUGGUUGAGCUCAAAGUGUGCCUUGGCAGGGCCCCAAGGGCACUGGGGUCAUGUUCAGACCUGGUGUCUCAGGGUGCAUUCAGACGACCCAAAGGCCUCCUCGGUCCUUCUGCCUCCACAUUGGGCUACAGACACCUUUUCCCAGUGGCCUUUGUAUAUAUCUGGUCCCUGCUGCUUAAAAGUAUUUUAAAACAGUAACUCCUGAGAAAAGUUUAUCUGCAGCAGUGGGGUUUGAGCAUGAAGGGGGAUUUUUGAUCCCAUAUUUUAUCAUGCUGAUCGCCGAGGGGAUGCCGCUGCUCUACUUGGAGCUGGCUGUGGGGCAACGCAUGCGUCAGGGCAGCAUCGGAGCCUGGAAAAUAAUAAGCCCCUACCUCUGCGGCGUUGGCGUCGCCAGCGUCGUUGUGUCCUUCUUCCUCUCCAUGUACUACAACGUGAUCAAUGCCUGGGCCUUCUGGUACCUCUUCCACUCCUUCCAGAACCCCCUGCCGUGGGCCACCUGCCCCCUGAACAGCAACCGCACCGGCUACGAGGAGGAGUGCGAGAAGACGUCGUCCACCCAGUACUUCUGGUACCGGCAGACCCUGAACAUCUCUCCGUCGCUGGAGGCCAGCGGCAGCGUGCAGUGGGAGCAGGCGCUCUGCCUGACGCUGGCGUGGCUGGUGGUCUACCUCUGCAUCCUCCGCGGCACCGAGUCCACCGGCAAGGUCGUCUAUGUAACAGCCUCUUUGCCGUACUGCGUUCUCAUCAUAUAUCUCAUCAGGGGAUUAACACUUCAUGGAGCUGUGAACGGGCUUGUCUACAUGUUCACACCAAAGCUGGAGCACCUGUCAAACCCCAAGGCGUGGAUCAGCGCCGCCACGCAGAUCUUCUUCUCGCUGGGCCUCGGCUUCGGCAGCCUCAUCGCGUUUGCCAGCUACAACGAGCCCAGCAACAACUGCGAGAGGCACGCCAUCAUCGUCUCGCUCAUCAACAGCACCACGUCCAUAUUCUCCAGCAUUGUCACUUUCUCCAUCUACGGCUUCAAGGCGACGUUUAACUACGAAAGCUGUAUCAACAAGGUGAUCCUGCUGCUGAUGAACGCUUUUGACCUGGAGGAAGGCUCUGUAACUGCAGACAACCUCAGCGACAUGAAAGACUACCUCAUGGCCACCCACCCACAGGAAUACUCCCAAUUAUUGCCGCAGCUUAAAAACUGCAGCUUGGAAGCUGAACUAGAUACGGCUGUCCAAGGGACAGGACUGGCAUUUAUAGUCUAUUCUGAAGCAAUCAAAAACAUGGAGGUGCCCCAGCUGUACUCCGUGCUCUACUUCUUCAUGCUGCUGAUGCUGGGCAUUGGCAGCAUGCUGGGCAACACCGCCGCCAUCCUCACGCCGCUGACCGACAGCAGGGUCAUUGCUGCCCGUUUCCCCAAGGAGGUGAUCUCAGGUGUUGUGUGUCUCGUUAACUGUGUGAUUGGCCUCAUCUUCACCAUGGAGGCUGGCAAUUACUGGUUUGACAUAUUCAAUGACUACGCAGCCACCCUCUCGCUGCUGCUCAUCGUGCUGGUAGAAACCAUUGCGGUGUGUUAUAUCUAUGGGAUAAGAAGAUUUGAGAAAGAUCUUCACACCAUGAUCGGACGCAAGCCAAACUGGUACUGGAAAAUUAUGUGGGCUUUUGCUAGUCCCUUGCUAAUUAUCAGCUUAUUUAUAUUUUACCUCACUGACUAUAUUCUCACAGGAACGCUGCAAUACCAAGCAUGGGAUGCCACACAGGGGCAGCUGGUGACAAAGGAUUACCCAGGCUACGCCCUGGCCGUGAUCGGGCUGCUGGUGGCAGCAUCCACCAUGUGCGUACCCCUGGGGGCACUAGUGACUUUUAUAAGGAAGAGACUGAAGAGGGAAAGCGUUUCAACCGUUGCAUGAACGCCGACAGCUGGACUGGGGCAGACCUCACCCCCCGUCACCAGUGACUGGGCACUUCUGGAAGACAGCAGCAACCAUUACUUGUAGCAGUUACUUACACAGUUGAGAAUCGUGGGUGCUAUAUUGAACAAAAAGUGCUCUUACGAGGUUCUACAAUGGUUUGGAAAAAAAAAAAAAAGCUCUUCUUUAACAAGAUGAAGCUUUAAAACGGCCUCUGUAAGAGAGGGAAAACCAGAAGAGCAGCUCAAAAUGCACAAAUUAACCAGCGUAUCAACCCAUUACACAACGUUAGGUAAUUCUGUUGUAGCACUGCCUAUGCAGAACCACGAGCAACCAAGUAAGCAUGUUCCUGCACUGUGGUACUGGUGAAUUCUCCUACCACUCAAGAAAGCCACGCUAAAAGCAUGCACGUUAUUCAAAAUUACAUCUGUAUUCCAUCAACAGAUGAAACUGUUGGAGUCCUGCAAUGCAAAUGUAAUAAUCCCUUUCCUACAAGGGAAAAGUCAGUAAGAUGGUAUUCAGGAUAAGCGUGGCCAACACUGCCUGUGUCCAGCAAAGUAGUUUUUAUAUGUAUUUAAAAAAAUAAUAAUAUAAAUAUAUACACACAGAUUAUAUAUAUAUAUAAGCUGCAAAAGUUCUCUCACCUCCAGAAAUAAACUUUCAAUUCCAGUAUGUAACCGUGCACUGUGCUGUACUUCAUAUUUUCUAGGGACACACUUCAAGGACACCUGUGCUAAAGCUGCUUUACAAGCCCCACCCAAACAAAAGUAUGCCAUAGAAUUAGCAGUGACAAAGUUCAUAUCCAGGAAUACUUUAAUCAUGAGAUGCAACAAUCCAGCAGUUCCACACAAGUGGUUCAUUUCCCUCUGUGAACGCUGUAUAAAGCAAGCAACAUGUUUAAAUUGUAAGCUUCAUGUAAUAGAAAACAGUAAAAUUGUACCUAUGAACUUUAAAGCAGUCGCUCUGCAAAACAACAUUAGAGAGACACUCAUGGUCUGCGGCUUCUUAACAUAGUGUCUUAACUGUGGAACCAUUAGGAGAUGACAAGUGCCUUGUAACAGAGGGUUUAAUUUCAAACAAGCAUUGUUAAAGCACACCAACAGCAGUCUGACUCCGGGGCAAAAAGCAGGAGGCAGGUGUCCAGC